AUUUCGGCGAUCGCUUGAGUUGUCAGUGAGACACUGUAACAGUGAUUUGUUUUUAUUUAUGCCGUACUCAGUAUAUCAACAACAAUCAGUCGGUUUCCAUUUGAUAGUCACCGUGUUCGAAGCGACAAACAAUAUUUUUUGUUCAACAAAAUUUGCGGUAAUUGAUUAUAGCGACAAAAGACUUUGACCAUACAAUUAAUCGAAAUACAAACAAUGACAACAACAACUGUGUAUUGAAUCGCACAAAAUGUAUUCCUAUUUAUUCUACCCGAAAUUAGAUAAACUUCACUGAAUCUCAAUUAUAUUUUUGGUCGGCGGUGUGAACGAUGUUGUAUUCAACGGGAACGUAUAAAAAAUGUAAAAAUAUACGGCAUUUUGCAAAUGUCGCAUUGAAAGAGAAAGAGACGAGCAAUCGAUGUUUUGAAAAUGAAAUAAAAGCAUCCACCAAAACGGCGACAAAAACAUCGAUAACAAAUCUCAAAGCAAAAAAAUAUGACGAUAUUCCGGGGCCCAAAGGAAUUUUCGGCAUUGGAACAUUUUAUCAUUAUUUUCCAGUAUUUGGAAAGUACAGUUGGGAUGAAGUGCACAAAUCGGGUUUGGAUAAAUAUUCAAAAUACGGUGAUAUUGUGAAAGAACGAAUGGUUCCAGGUGUUGAUAUUAUUUGGCUCUAUGAUCCAAAUGAUAUAUCCAAGGUGUUGAAUAAUUCAGGUCCGGAUAUGUAUCCGCAACGAAAGAGUCAUUUGGGCUUAGAAAAAUACCGAAAAGAUCGUCCACACAUUUAUAAAACCGGCGGUCUCUUACCUACAAAUGGACGCGAGUGGUGGCGUUUAAGAUCCGAAUUUCAAAAAGGACUCAGCUCACCGAAUCACAUUCGACAAUUUUUGAAUGAUUCCGACAAAAUUACCAAAGAAUUUGUAUCACAAGUUCAACCCACUAUUGAUACCGAAAAUGUGGCUGAUUUUUUACCUGAAUUAUCACGAUUGAAUUUGGAAUUGGUUUGUUAUUUAGCGUUUGACGUUCGAAUGCAUAGUUUUACCGACAAAGAACGGCAUCCAAAAUCCCAUUCAACACGACUAAUACAAGCGGCAGAAGAUUCAAAUAGUUGUUUAAUUCCGCUCGAUCAAGGUUUUCCCAUUUGGCGAUACAUUGAAACACCAAUUUAUCGGAAAUUUCGAUUGUCUCAAGAAUAUAUGGAGAGCGUUGCUGUCGACUUGGUAAGUCAAAAAAUUUCCUAUUUCGAUGAUAGCAAUGGUGCUCAAUCCAUAACAAGACGAUCUUUGCUCGAUGAUUACUUGUUGAAUCCGAAAUUGGACCUGGCCGAUGUGGUUGGUAUGGCAUGUGAUUUACUUUUGGCUGGUGUUGACACGACAACAUAUUCCACAUGUUUUUUACUCUAUCACUUAGCUCGAAAUCCGAAUGUGCAAGAAAAAGUAUUUCAAGAAGCGUUAACUGUUCUGCCCAAUUAUGAUACGGAUGAAAUAACAGUUGACAAAAUGGCAAAUUAUUUAACAUAUAGCAAAGCCGUACUUAAAGAGACAUUCCGAUUGAAUGCGGUGUCAGUUGGUGUUGGACGUUUUACAAACACCGAUCUCGUUUUAAGCGGAUACAAUGUGCCAAAAGGAACGAUAAUUGUGACUCAAAACUACAUUUCAUGUCGUUUGGCCAAACAUUUUGAGUUACCAUUAAAAUUUAUGCCAGAACGUUGGCUAAAGAAUUCAGACGGAGUAUCAUCGAAAACUGCCAUUAAUCCAUAUUUGGUGUUACCAUUUAGCCAUGGCAUGAGAUCGUGCAUCGCAAGACGAUUCGCCGAACAAAAUAUGCUCGUUUUAAUGCUUCGAAUAAUCCGAAAGUAUGAAAUUGGCUGGGCUGGCGUUGAAUAUUUGGACGUAAAGACAACAACGACAAUAAAUAAACCAGAGCAUCCAGUCAAAUUGACAUUUAAGAAACGACCAAAUUAAUGUUCCUACAGACGCAGUUCUCCUAAUAGCAUGGGAAUCUCACCGAUGUUUUAAGCCUCUGGCUAAAUUGUCAUCAGAGAAAAAAAGAGUCGAGAGACAUCGUUUUUAUGAUUUAUACAAAAAAUAUUUUUUGUUUUUGUUUAUAUUUUUGCUUUAAAUUGUUUCUGAUUUUUUAUCUUUUGAGUUUUAAUUUUACAAUAGAUUGUAUUUUUUUUUUAAAUUUUGCAUCGAUUAUUCGGUGUUUUUCACUGAAUACAAUUAAAUAGAGGAAAUAUUUACACAGUAUAGAGCAAAAGAGGGAUGUGAUAAAAAAUGGCUUAAUUUUCAAACUGCAUUCAAAAUAAUUAUAGAUUUUUUUUAUAUUUUUUCCUUUUUUUUUUUGAAUUCCACGAUCGAACAAGAAUAUUUCGAUACAUU